AUGGACUUCUCCAAGUUCUUGGCCGACGACUUCGACGUGAAGGACUGGAUCAAUACAGCCUUCAGGGCCGGCUCCAAGGAGGCGGCGGCCGCCAAGGUGGACGGCCACGCGGCCACCCUGGUGAUGAAGCUGCAGCUGUUCAUCCAAGAAGUGAAUCACGCCCUGGAGGAAACCAGUCACCAGGCCCUUCAGAACAUGCCUAAAGUUCUCCGUGAUGUUGAAGCCCUUAAGCAGGAGGCAUCUUUCCUGAAAGAACAAAUGAUUCUCGUCAAGGAAGACAUUAAAAAAUUUGAACAGGAUACGGCUCAAUCAAUGCAGGUGUUGGUUGAAAUCGACCAGGUGAAGUCCCGAAUGCAGCUUGCUGCAGAAUCUCUUCAGGAAGCAGACAAGUGGAGCACCCUCAGUGCUGACAUUGAGGAGACAUUUAAGACCCAGGACAUCAUCCUGAUUUCUAACAAGCUCUCAGGGAUGCAGAACAGUUUGAUGAUGCUUGUGGAUACACCGGACUACUCGGAAAAGUGCGUGCACUUGGAAGCAUUGAAGAACAGGCUGGAGGCUCUGGCCAGCCCCCACAUCAUCGCGGCACUCACGUGCCAGUCUGUAGAUCAGGCCAAAGUCUUUGUGAAGGUUUUUAUGGAAAUUGACCGGAUGCCCCAACUUCUUGCAUACUACUAUAAACACCACAAGCUACAGCUCUUGGCAACCUGGCAGGAGUUGUGCCAGAGUGACCUUCCCCUGGACCAGCAACUCACCGGACUCUACGAUGCAUUGCUGGGAGCUUGGCACACGCAGAUCCAGUGGGCCGCACAGGUUUUCAAGAACCCCCACGAGGUGGUGACAGUGCUGCUGAUCCAGACCCUAGGGGGCUUGGUGCCUUCCCUGCCCGUCUGCCUUAACUCCGCCCUGGAGAGGGCAGGGCCCGAGAUGGAGCUCACCAGGCUGCUGGACUUCUAUGACACCACUGCCCAUUUUGCCAAGGGCUUGGAGAUGGCCCUGCUUUCACACCAAUAUGAACCCAACCUGGUGAAAGUCAUGGAACUGGUGGAAGUUGUGUAUGGUCCAUACAAACCCUACCAGCUGAAGUAUGGUGACAUGGAAGAGAAGAACCUCCUCAUUCAGAUCAGCAUGGUGCCAUUGGAACAUGGAGAGGUGAUUGACUGUGUCCAGGAGCUGAGCCACUCCGUGUGCAAGCUCUUUGGCCUCGCGGCCUCAGCCAUCGACAGAUGCAUCCGAUUCACUAAUGGCCUGGGGAUCUGCGGCCUGCUAACAGCCCUGAAAUCUCUCUUUGCCAAGUAUGUGUCCGAUUUCUCCAGUACGCUCCAGUCAAUACGAAAGAAGUGCAAGCUGGAUGACAUUGCUCCCAACUCCCUUUUUCAAGAAGAUUGGUCAGCUUUUCAGAACUCCGUUAGGAUAAUAGCCACCUGUGGAGAGCUCUUACGGCAGUGUGGGGACUUCGAGCAGCAGCUGGCAAACAGGAUUCUGUCCACAGCUGGAAAGUACCUCCCUGACUCCUACUGCCCUCGGAGCCUCAUCAGUUUCCAGGACAGCAUCCUGACAGACAGGAAGAGCGCGGCCAAGAAUCCAUGGCAAGAAUAUAAUUACUUUCAGAAAGAUAGUUCUGCUGACUAUGCCAGUUUGAUGGAAGUCCUCUAUACCCUCAAGGAAAAAGGAUCGAGCAAUCAUAACCUCCUGUCCUCAUCGCGAGCGGCCCUCACUCGUCUUAACCAGCAGGCCCACCAACUGGCUUUCGAUUCUGUCUUCCUGCGAAUCAAACAGCAGCUGCUACUUGUUUCCAAGAUGGACAGCUGGAGCACAGCCGGCAUCGGAGAAACGCUUGCGGACGACCUGCCCACCUUCAGCCUCACGCCACUCGAGUACAUCAGCAAUAUUGGACAGUACAUUAUGUCGCUCCCCUUGAAUCUUGAGCCCUUUGUGACUCAGGAGGACUCUGCCUUGGAAUUGGCUCUGCAUGCUGGAAAGCUCCCGUUUCCUCCUGAGCAAGGUGACGAGUUGCCCGAGCUGGACAACAUGGCGGACAACUGGCUGGGCUCCAUCGCCCGAGCCACGAUGCAGACCUACUGUGACGUGAUCCUCCAGAUCCCCGAGCUGACCCCACAUUCCACCAAGCAGCUGACCACUGACAUCGACUAUCUGACCAAUGUAAUGGACGCCCUGGGCCUGCAGCCGUCCCGCCUGCUUCAGAACAUUGUAACGCUCUUGAAGACCAAGCCUGAGGACUACAGACAGGCCGCCAGGGGCCUGCCCCGCAGACUCACUGCCGCUGUAGCCGCCAUGCGGGGCCUGCCCUACUGA